AUGGCCUCCUCCGCAAACACCAUCUUCCGCGCCUCGCGCCCCCUCUUCCGUCAGGCUACCCUCGCCGCGCCCGCUCGACAGGCUUUCCAUCAGCAAACAUUCCGACAGAACUUCUACCAGGGCAGCGGCCGUCGAUGGCAGAGCACUGACGGCGCUCAGCAGCAGCAGCAGAGCUGGUUCAAGCGCAUGAUGGAGAGCGAGGUUGGCUUCAAGACUGUGCAUUUCUGGGCUCCUGUCAUGAAGUGGGCUCUUGUCCUUGCCGGUAUCUCCGACUUCGCUCGUCCCGCCGAGAAGCUCUCUUUCACUCAGAACCUCGCUCUGACCUGCACCGGUAUCAUCUGGACUCGAUGGUGCCUCAUCAUCAAGCCCAAGAACUACCUUCUCGCCGCUGUCAAUUUCUUCCUCGGAUUGGUCGGCCUCGUCCAGAUCACCCGAAUUCUCAGCUACGAGUCCGCAAAGAAGAAGAGCCUGGAGGGUGUCGUUGAGGACAUCAAGGCCGACGCCAAGGAGACCAUCCAGGAGGCCAAGCCUUAA